CUGGAGUGAUCCUCCCGCUUAUUGAUUAUUUAACAAGUGGUGAGUCCCAUGUCGCGAUUUGCGGCAAUCGUGGAUACAGGAUCCAAGACAGCCGUCCGGAAUUAUAUUCUUAAUGUCCUACAACUUCGAUAACGUUCUCAAAACAGAGAAAUUAUGAAGAAAGAAGUCGAUAAGAAGACCAAGGAAUAUCCCUGCAACAGGUGUUUGAGUUAUGCGUGUUGAGGCAGAGGGGAACAGCCAUCAGGUUAACUUGAUCGUCGUGCGCAAUUAUAGGUUACCAGGUGGUUGCCAGUAUGCAUGAAUAAUGUUAACUUUAUUCACUCAAUUACUAAAAUGACUCGUAAUUGGAAAAUUCUGUUUAUUAUGUAAAACAACAUUUGUUUUUAAGAAGUAAAAUGACCAAAUACAUGCUCAUUGAAAUAUAGUUAAAUAGAGGUUAAAACCUCAUCUAGAUGGUGCGUUUAUAAAUACGAAGGAGUUGUCGGGCCGCAGUUAUGGUGGUGGAGAGGACACUGCUUGCUGCAAGGCAGGGGGAUGUACAAACUCUGAAAGUGCAAUUUGCGGAGAAAGUACUGAACAGCGACGUAAAGGACCUUCUCGGAGCCUCACCUGUCCACCAUGCCGCCCGUGCUGGAAAACUGACUUGCCUACGUUUCCUCGUGGAAGAAGCGGGCUUACCGGGCAACAGUUUGGCGAAUAAUGGCGCCAGCCCCGCACACGACGCUGCUGCCACUGGUAACCUGGCCUGCUUACAGUGGCUAUUAACUCAAGGUGGAUGUCGUACCGCGGACCGGGAUAGUUCUGGAGCCACCGUUCUCCACCUCGCCUCCCGGUUCAGCCAUCACGAGAUCACAGAUUGGCUGCUGAAGAGCGGGGAGGCGGACACCGGGGCGUCCACAGACACUGGGGCCCUGCCUGUCCACUAUGCUGCUGCCAAGGGAGACCUGCCCUCCCUCCGUCUCCUGUUGGGACACAGCCCAAACGUUGUCAAUUCCCAAACAAAGAAUGGUGCCACACCCCUCUACCUGGCCUGCCAGGAAGGUCACCUGGAGGUUGUCCAAUACCUGGUGAAGGACUGUGGUGCAGAUCCAGGCAUCAGAGCCAAUGACGGGAUGACACCUCUGCACGCCGCCGCCCAAAUGGGCCAUAACACUGUCAUCGUCUGGCUGGUGAGUUUCACAGAGAUCAGCCUGGCCGACCGGGAUGGUGACGGUGCCACGGCUAUGCACUUUGCCGCCAGCCGCGGCCAUGCCAAGGUGCUCAGUUGGCUGCUGCUGCACAGCGGCGAGAUCAUCACCGACAGCUGGGGCGGAACGCCGCUACACGACGCUGCCGAGAAUGGGGAGCUGGAGUGCUGUCAGAUCCUGGUGGUGAACGGGGUGGACCUGGGCAUACGGGACCAGGACGGCUUCUCCGCGGCUGACCUGGCAGAGUACAACGGGCACGCCCAGUGUGCCAAGUACCUGCGCACUGUGGAGAACAUGAGUGUGGAGCACCGCGUGCUUUCCAGAGACCCAUCGGCCGACCAGGAAUACAACAAGCAGCCUGACUCAGGUUUGUCGUCCCCCAACAACACCAUGCCCCCGGCGGGGUCGGGGCAGGCCCAGCAACCUGUCCACUUCGACAUGGGCUCGCCCUCCAGCACCCUGUCCAAUUACGACUCGGCCAACUCCAGCCAGUCCAGCACAGGAGGGAAAAGGAGCGGCUCGCCCCCAUCGUCACGAGCCCCCGCUGGUGGAGGCCCAACGGAGUCGGCCAUCAAUGACAUGCAGACCUACAUGGACAUGCUGAACCCGGACGUAGGGGGCAGAGUUCCCAACAGCAAGGACCCCGCUCAGCCGCCUCCCCCACCCCCGCCAGCCUUCCCACCACCCCCUCCCCCUGACUCCCCCUCCCAACUACCCCCACCCCCCGGCUACCCGCCGCCCCAGCCCCCAGAGGACUCAGACGCCGAGAUCUACCUGAAGGUGAAGAGCAACCUGAGGCAUGUGGAGAAGGAGCAACUGACUCCAGGAGAUCACCACGAUAGGCUGCGCCGGGUGGACUCCAACAGAAAGUCUCGAAACUUCAACAAGCAGCCCAGUACUGGGGACUACUACAAAGCCCUGGGUAGCGACGCGGUUGACAACCGUGGGAUCAGAGCCAUGGCGCCUAACGAGGAGGGUUCUGUGUUAUUGGAGGAGCCAGCCGACAGCCCUGCCCCCAGCCCCGAGAACGGCACCACGGAGGAGUUGUCCCUCCCUCCUCCUCUUCCUCCUCUCCCGCCCCCCCUCCCCAUCAGCAACCCCACCCCGGCACCACCUCCUCCCCCACCACUGCCCUCGGAAAUGCCCACCUACCAGUACAGCCCUUCCUCAAGCACCAACCAGCGACGCCCCUCCUCCUCUUCAGGAAGCGGAGCGUUUCUGUCCCCCUCUCCUCAGCCAGAAGGCGGCCCACUCAGGGUGAUGAAGAGCAACAAAUCUUUCAACAUGAUGUCCCCCACCGGAGACAACUCGGAGCUGCUGGCCGAAAUAAAAGCAGGGAAGAACCUGAAGCCCACUCCACACAGUAAAGGCUACACCACCGUCUUCUCCAACAGCGGCCCGCCGGGCAACAACGGAGAGAGCCCUACGUCCCCGCCCCAGACCCGCACGGUCAGCCCGCCAUCAGCCAAGCCCACGUCCCCGCCCCCCGUCGCCAGCGCCACUUCACCACCCACCACCCCCAGCCCGGUUGGCACCGGCACGCCCCGGACCCUCUCCACCUCCCAGAGCAGCGAGCAGCUCCUCAAUGGGAAUGGCAGCGGAGCAGCGUCGGCAUCUAGCCUGAUGGGCCAGACCCGGAAGGGUAGCCUGGCGGACGUGGAGGCCCUAGUGCCCACACACGACGAGCAGGGCCGGGCCAUCCCCGAGUGGAAGAGGCAGGUGAUGGUGCGCAAGCUCCAGGUCAAGAUGCAGGAGGAGGAAGAACACAAACGCAAGGUGGACGAGGAGGCGGCGCGCCUGGCAUCCAUGCCAGCGUGGCGAAGGGACAUCAUGAAGAAAAAGCUUGAUGAAGAGAAUUCAGUUGGGGAGCAAAAAAGAAAAGAGGAGGAGCGAGCAAAGAAGGAGAAGGAGAGCGAGGAGAAGACGGAGCAGGAGCGACUACGGACCCUGGGUUACGACGAGAGCAAGCUGGCGCCAUGGCAACGGCAGAUCAUUCUAAAGAAAGGAGACAUAGCGAAACAGUAAACAGCCCUUCUCCAUGGCACCCCCAGGUCCUAGCCCCCAACCCUCUGCACCUUCACUGUCAACCAACCACUACCCCACACCAACCCAACCCCCCUUCACACCCCACCCCAACCAAUCUCCACAAGCAGGACCAUGUCACCUCCCAACAUGCUUUGCAGCUCAGCCAUCCUGAAAUGGAGUGGCCGCACUAAGAUCCUGUGGAAACAAACUGUAUGUAGUGCAAUGUUAGCGAUGAUUCAAAAGACUACAUUAGCAUGUUAAAUAGAUACACCUCCCCCUUUUUGUCCCGUCAAAACAUUUGCUAAAAACUGUAGGUGAAAAAUCUGUCGAUGUGCCCUUAAGCAAGGCACUUAACCCUAAUUGCUCCUGUAAGUCGCUCUGGAUAAGAGCGUCUGCUAAAUGACUAAAAUGUAAAUGUAAAUGUAGGUAUCCCAACUGUAUGAAGACCCUAAGUCAUGAAUCAUAUACACUAUCUUACUUUACAUCACGUUGUUUAACAUUACUCUUUGUAGGAAAUUCCCACACAUUACCAUACAUUAGCACAACCUGGCUCAAUGUUGGUCUGUCUUGUGGGGCAUUAUGGGAAAAGUAAUUUUUGACUGGUGAUUUACAUCUGUCAUGGCGAUAGGUCCAACAGUUUAUCCUAAAUGUCAUUUUGUGCAUUUCCACGAUCUGUUUUCCCUGCAUCUUCUGCACCCACUACUUACAUUGAUAACUGAGCUCUUAACCUAAACUGUUGUAGACUACUGUAUGUUUGCUUUUAGGAUGGAAAGUGUCAUGGUCAACGUAAUAAGCAACAGCUUGUUGAACAAAACCUCAAGUAAAGCGUAAUUCAGAGUGCAAUGACGCAGCGACGCGAACAUCCCAUUGUGACAUAGCUACGAGGCUCUGAGGCCACCGUCCGCGUGGGGGACACAGUCCGAAUGCGCACCUCCCCAUAAUUCCCAACUAACGCGGCUCGCCGUACGCGUCCUCUAUUCAUUUCAAUGUGUUGAUAGUUGGAGAAAUUGCUUGAGCUGUGCUGAGAAUUCGAAAAGUAUGAAAGCAAACGGUCCGAUAUUCUAGAACACUGCUGUGCGUACGCAUACACGUUUUGGACUCCGAUAGACGCUUAAGACUUUUUUUCCUGUGACAGCAGGCCUUUCUAGACUGCAUAUAUCAUAAUCUCAAUUUAUUGCACAAAGACAUAGAAUCAGGCCAUUCUACGUAAUGAUGCUAUUUCUCACUGAGCCCAUCUGAACUACAGAGAUAUUAUUGAAACAGAUGGGAAAUUGAUAGAGGUCCCUCCUUUACAUGUUCUAAUUUUUUCAGAGGGCAUGAAUAUCAUAUGGUUUUUAACUGCAACCAUAAACAUUUUUAAAAUGGGUUUAAUUUUGUUAGUUCUGGGAAACGAAAUUUAAGUAACGUAUCUUAAAUGAAUGAUUAAUAUAUUGAGCAUAUAACCCUUUUUUAUUUUUCAAUGAAUGUCAUUAAAUGUUAAGUUAUUGUGAUCAUGGUGAAUUGUUUGUGUCUUGCGUAUUGUGUCUUAUGGAUGUCAUAAUUUACUGUGUUGUCAAAACAAAAGCAUGUCUCUUGUUAUCCAAGAGAAUUGAACACCCCAGACCACAUUUCACAACCAUGCCAAGAAAUAUCCAUGCAACUUUGAAAAAAAGACUAUUUAGCAAAUCUCAGAGUUUAACAAGCAAACAUGUUUUUCAAAGUGAUCUGGAAAAUAUUAGUGGCACAAUUGUAACAGAAGUCGAACCAGCACAUUGAAUGUUGCAAAAGUCCCAAAAAUACAUCUGUGACUCCUGUCCUGUGACCCAUAUCUGGUUUGCCCCAGUAAACAUUGGACGUGAAUAUUUUAUGAGCAGAUCCCUUUACUAGAGAGUGCUCUCUCUUUCUCUCUUGCCCUCUCUUUCCCUCUCGCUGUCUAUUUCCUCUGUGUGUGUCUGAGAAACACAAGUCCUCAUGGAUGCCCUUAUUCUGUGUGUGUUCUCAGGCUAAAAUUAAACACUCCUUCAAUUAUGCUGCUCUGUGUAUAAUACCAUUAUGUGGACCACAGGAAAAUGUUGGCUUUCUAUUCUUUCUCAUUGUUUUCCUAUAACUGUAUUUUCAAUCCACCUACAGGUUUUUAUCUAGGCAAAUUGUGUUUUUUUGCAAGGGGACCAAACUAUAGGUAACUCGGGCAUCAUCUUUCUCAGAAAUGACCAUAGACACAUUGUAGGUUUUAUAGGUUGGUAGACUGUGCACUGUAGUUGUUGUGGCUAGAGUUGUUGGACCUCAGAAAUGUGCCAGAUGUGUCUUUCUGAAUGUGUAUAUAACAAAUAUAUGGGAACCCCUCAAUGUCAGAAAAUGUGCUGUAGGUGUACUUCAUAUAUUUUGGGUGUACAUUUUUGCAAGUGUAUCAAACAUAUACAUUACAUACAUAAUAUAUUAUGAAGUGUAUGGUCCUUUGUUGAGAAAUCAUUUGGAAAUAUUCAAUUCAUUGGAUGCCAUAUUAAUGUUGAAAUUUAAAACUAUGUAAACGUCAUUGCCAUUAGAAGAUUUUCUAUACAUAAAUACUGUAUAUAGUAACCCUCAAUACUUGUUGUUUCAUUGUUCCAAAAUUACAUGAUAUUACAGUCCUCAGCCUUGCUUACAUAGAUUAUUGCUUCAUUAAUGUAAAACUAUUUUCAGACUGUCAAAUGGAAUUAAAUAAA